GUCUAUCAUCAUAGGGCUACUUCAAGGUGCCUCUGGCCUGAGGCCUCAAACUCAAAGUUGUUUCAUUCUACAUAGGUAAAGUUCUGACUCACAAAGAAGUAUAAAUGUCCAUCACCGUGCAGAACAAAGUUUGUCUUGUUAUCAGCACAUCGGAUUGUGCAGUUCGUCAGUUGGACAUACAUUACAAGCAUGGUCAGCCUCAGUAGGCUACUUGUAUCCCAGGAGAGAGUUUCAUUGUCGGUGUCGACUUUUUCAACAUUUUUCUUGCCGGCCUUUGUUUCGUACUUUGCAAUGGCCGUGCUGGUUCAACGAAAACGCACUGCAAUGAUCCGCUUGGCGCUUCUUCCAGUUACAUUACUAUGUGCAUAUCAAGCUGGCUCGUCGCUCGAUCUUUCUUUCGGCAUUCCCGAUUACCUUUUCCUCAAUCAAAUCUUAGUUGCCGCUGUAUUCACCUUUUCGAUGCGAUCGACCGGUUGGGCUUUCGCAAAAAAACCAUAUAGUCGAAUCGCUUUACAACCGAACAAACCGUUCAACGGUGAUACCAUCUCAGACAGCACGAACAACCAGUUGACCAAUGUCGAGGAUACCCCACUAUUUACCGCAUUCUGGAAUGCAUGGGAUCUAUCAGUUAAUCUUCGCGGGAUUGGGUGGGAUUGGCCAAAAGGCCUACGCAUUCCAAAGAGCAGUUGUGGAACAGAGUCAACAUCAAAGUUCCUGCUCACCACUCUCGCGAAGCUAUUGUUCAACACGCUUGCAUUUGAUGCCGCCUCUAGAGCCGCUCACUAUCUUUCUCCGGAAACAUUCGGAUCAACUGAAGGGGGCACAAUAUUUGACGCGUCAUUACCGCCCCUCAGUCGCUAUACCCGGUCUACCAUCAUUACGAUCCUCUCUGGUUGGGCAGCAAAUUUUGUGAUUGAAUCGCUGUAUCACAUGUACACCAUUGUGUUUGUCUUGUUAUUCAGACAAGCACCGUCUCAAUGGCCGCCCUUGUUUGAUACCCCAUGGCUUUCGACAUCACUGACCAGUUUUUGGGGUCGCAAGUGGCAUCAAUUGCUCCGGGAGUACUUUAUAUCAGUCGGUGCCCAACCAUUGGCAUACCUAUUUGGUCGCCCUGGAGGGGUGAUGGGCGCAUUCCUCGUCUCAGGCGCUCUGCACUAUCUUGUAUUGAAGGCAAUGGAACGGGGUGGUCACCCUGUUGUGGUGUUUGGGUUCUUCAUCAUGCAAGCCGUCGGUCUAAUUCUUGAAGGCAUAUGGAAGAAACGUACGGGCUCACGUGUCGAUGGAUUUUGGGGCUUGUUGUGGACUUGGCUGUGGCUAGCCUUUUGGGGUACCUUCAUGAUUGAUGCAUGGGCGAGAGUUGGUUUGAUCGGGUCCAAGUUCUUUCCUGACGAUUACAGACCGACAGUCUUGCUUGUCCACUUUUUGAAACAUGGUUUUAAUUUGUUUAGAUUCCGAGAGAUCAUUAUGUAGCUCGGCGACGUUGAUGUACUGUGAUCGUUCCUUUUUCCCCUAACUAUGCAUACUCCUUUUUUUGAUCCUCGGUUGACCAUUACCUACUUGUAUGUACUUGUACCGUUAUACGUAACGUUUGUGUCAUUCUUGAGCAAUAUUGGUUCUGGAGCGAGGAGCUUUCUUGAGGCAAUGAGUGGUGUGGUGAAUGAACGGAAGGCUGCCGUUGCACGGAUGGGC